UGCCUGGCUGUGGAUCGGGGACGUGGCCGGAUGGUCGUUUGUGGCGGGUGAGGACGGGGCUGUGAGGACACCGCCUCUGCCGGAGCCUUUGCCGCGUCCGCAGAGCUGCUGCAUUGCUCAGCGUUCCCGGGCCUGGCUCCUCCGUGCGAGAUGCUGAGGACGGCCGUGUGUGCGGUGCUGUUCCUGGGAGCCCUGCCGUCCCCAGCUGCCACGUCCCAAGGCCACGUCUCCGUGAUCCUGCUGGGAGCCACGGGGGAUUUGGCCAGGAAAUACCUGUGGCAGGGUCUGUUCCAGCUCUACCUGGACCACGCGAGCGGCGGCCACAGCUUCACGUUCCACGGGGCGGCGCUGACGGCCCCGGAGCGGGGGCAGCGGCUCAUGUUCGACGUGCUCAAGAAGCUGUCGUGCCCCCCGGACGAGCCGCCCGACCGGUGCGCCGUGCUCAAGGACCAGUUCCUGCGGCUGAGCCAAUACCACCAGCUGAACACCGCUGAAAACUACACCGCGCUCAACACGGAGAUCGAGAUGCUGCUUCGCCAGGAGGGGCUCAAGGAGGCCGGGAGGAUUUUCUACUUCUCGGUGCCCCCGUUUGCCUACACGGACAUUGCCCGCCACAUUAACAGCAGCUGCAGGCCGCCGCCGGGAGCCUGGCUGCGCGUGGUGCUGGAGAAACCCUUUGGCCACGACCUGGAGUCAGCCCGCGAGCUGGCCGCCGAGCUGGCCGGCUUCUUCAGGGAAGAGGAGAUGUACCGCGUGGACCACUACCUUGGCAAGCAGGCCAUAGCCCAUAUCCUGCCCUUUCGAGACCAGAACCGACAGUUUCUAGAUCCAAUUUGGAACCGGCAUCACGUGGAAAGAGUGGAGAUUGUUCUGAAAGAGACUGUGGAUGCUAAAGGCCGCACCAGCUUCUACGAGCAGUACGGAGUCAUCCGGGACGUGCUGCAGAACCACCUCACCGAGGCGCUCCUGUUCCUGACCAUGGAGCUGCCGGGCAACGUGAGCAGCGCCGGGGAGGUGCUGCAGCGCAAGCUGCAGGGCUUCCAGUCCCUGCGCGGCCUGGGCAAGGGCAGCGCCGUGCUGGGGCAGUACGCGGCCUACGGCGGGCAGGUGCGCGAGGAGCUGCAGCGGGCGCAGGGCUACGUGAGCACCACGCCGACCUUUGCAGGUGUGCUGAUCCACAGCGACAGCCUGCGCUGGGAAGGGGUCCCUUUCCUGCUCACCUCUGGGAAGGCCCUGGACGAGCGGGUAGGUUAUGUGCGGGUCCUCUUCAAGAACCGGGCCUACUGCCCGCAGAGCGGGACCCUGCGGGACGCGGGCUCUAGCCAGUGCAAAGCCAAGCAGAUCAUCUUCUACAUCGGGCACGGCGCGCUCAACACUCCCGCCGUGCUCGUGAGCCGGAACCUCUUCAAGCCCGUCAUGCCAGCAAGCAGCUGGAAAGAAGCAGCAUUUCAGCCAGAGCUGCAUGUUUUUGGACAACCGCUCUCUGAUUACUAUGUGUACAGCCCCAUGAGAGAGAGGGAUGCGUAUUCCGUCCUUAUCUCCAGCAUCUACCAUGGCAGGAAGGACUUCUUCAUCACCACCGAGAACCUGCUGGCGUCCUGGGAGUUCUGGACCCCGCUGCUGGACAGCAUCUCCCACCAGUCGCCGCGUCUCUACCCCGGGGGUGUGGAGAACCAGCACCUCUUAGACUUCGAAAUGGUUGGCGGGGAGCUGGCGUUUGCACUGGCGGAACCCAUAGAGCUUCUGCAGCCCAAGGCGCCAACGCCGAGCGAUUACAAAACGAUCCAGGCCAAGUACCGGCAGAGCCCGCUGGUCUCGGCGUGGGCCGAGGAGCUGGUUUCCCAGCUGGCUUCUGACAUGGAGAGGGCGGCCAGCAGCGCCGUGGCGCGCGCUGGGCACUUCCACCUGGCGCUCUCGGGAGGCUCGAGCCCCGUGGUCCUGUUCCAGCAGCUGGCGAGGCACCAUUACGCCUUCCCGUGGAGAUACACCCACAUCUGGCUGGUGGACGAGCGCUGCGUCCCGCUCGCUGACCCCGAGUCCAACUUCUUCAGCUUGCACGACCACCUCCUGCAGAGCGUCAGGGUGCCCUACUUCAACAUCCACCCCAUGCCCGUGCACCUGAACCAGCGGCUCUGCGUGGAGGAGGACAGGGGCACGGAGCUGUAUGCCAAGGAGAUCGCGGCGCUGGUGGCCAACGCCAGCUUUGACCUGGUGCUGCUGGGGAUGGGUGCUGAUGGGCACACGGCCUCGCUCUUCCCCCACUCUGAAAACGGCCUGGAAGGGGCGCAGACCGUGGUGCUGACCGAGAGCCCUGUCAAACCUCACCAGAGAAUGAGCCUCAGCCUGCCCCUCAUCAACAGGGCCAGGAAGGUGUUUGUGCUGGUGCUGGGCAAGGGCAAGCACAACAUCACCAGCCUCAUCAGCAGAGUGGGCCACGAGCCGAGGAAAUGGCCCAUCUCGGGGGUCAGCCCCAGCUCUGGCCGCCUCGUCUGGUACGUGGAUUACGAAGCCCUGCUUGGCUGAGGGCUCCCUGGUGCGUCCUCCCUUGCCUGCCUGGCUCUCGGAACCUGGCUUUCCCAGCCCAGCAUCCCUGUUUCCAGCAGCAGCCCUGUCCCAGGCAAACUCUUCCAACCCAGGAGACCUGGGGCGUGCGGUGCUGCUGCCGUUUGAGCCCAGACCGGAGCCUGGCUCAGCGUUCGGAGCCGCACAGCAGCCAAAAGCUCAGUGUGGCAUUUCUGCCUCUGCCAUUGGCUCUGACUAUGACUUUGGACAACUUACCUCACCGUGGAAUGCCUCAGUUUCCCCAUCAGGACUUUGUGCUUCUAACACUGACCUACCUCUCAGGCGCCAUGGCAGAGCUGUUAUAUCCAGCACCUGCCAAUUCUUUCUUUUUUUUCCCCUCAGAUUCUCAGGGUAGAAAGCAGUAAUAUCACUGUCCGUCCUGUGCGCUGCUCGAGCUGCCCGGGGCCGAGCUGCUCCCCAGUAAAACCCGAGUUCUGCAGCCCAGGCUCCGCACUCGUCUGUGCGACCCACCGUGGUGCCGCCUUUCCCUGAGCUGGGGCACGGGGGAUGCAGAGGGAAUCCUCUUUGCUUCCCAGGCUUUUAGAGGAACAGCCACGGGACGAGCAGUGCGGCAGCUCGCGGAUCUGCCGUGUGCCUCGGCACAGUAAUUCUCAAGCAAAAAGCUUGGAGUUAGGAGGAGCGUUUGGUUUAGCUCUCAGGCACGGUGCUUUCCUUAGCUGUCCUCCUGUCUCCUCCUCUGAGCCACUUUUUCUCUCCUCGGAGCUGAGCCUUGCAGUGUCAUGUUCUGGCCGAUGACAUUUGUGCGGGAGGCGGCUUUAUAGCGAGUGGAGACAUCCCGACCCCGCUCCCCCUGCUCAGCUCCGUUUCCCGCUCGCACGUCGGGUGUCUCUGCUUUGGUGGCAUUCCCAAACACUCUGUGACCUUCUCCGGUAGGGAGUUAGCACGGCAUGCCGGAGUGCCGUGUUCGGUAAGGACACGGAGACGGUGCCAAAGAGGAGACUGCAGCGUGGACGUGGUGCUGGGCCAAGGGGGUUCUGCCUCGGAGAGGGGGCCUCUCCACAGCCAUCUCUGCCCUUUUUCCCUGCUCCCGAGUCACGUCCCCACGGCCCGGGGGAUGUGGGUGGCCCGGGGUGGCACGAGGAUGGAGGGCCCGCGAGAUGGCAGCAGCUCCAAGGGUAUCCUGCACAUGGAUAUGUGGGAAUGCCGGAGCCUCCGGGCUCGGCCGCGGCGCCCGGGGACUCCUCACAGGCCUCAAAGUCUGUCCCCAACUUGUCACCUCCAAAGGGAAGCACUGAAGAGCCAUGCUUGCCUCUCGGGAAUCCCAUGGAAUAUCGCACCGGGAAUAGCGGCGUCUGCCUGAGGAGGUAGCUGGAAGCAGCCCUCUGGAAUAGCCCUCCUGCUCGGAGCCACGAGCCGGCAAACGCCGGCUCCAAAAUGCACCGCAACGGCUGGAAAAGCCGUGCGGAGGAACACGGGUUAGGUCCAGUAUGGCCAUAAAUCCAGACAUUGUCCUCCUUUAAACAAAAUUGUCCCAUACCGACUAUAUUCCACUUCUGCUAUAAUUGGUGCGAGGGAACAAAUUUUAAUGAAAAAUGAACCUACAUGAAAAUAAACGUACUGUAAUGAUUGACAAAGUGUAUUUCCAUUUUACAGAUGACUGUGGCACUGGAAUUUUCUUAUUUUUUGUACACUGACUUUUUAAUAUUUGGCUGGCAUCUUUUGAAGUAACCAGUGAUUGUGGAGAGGUUGAAUUGUAUUUUUAAACAAACAUGGUAGUUUUCUUCUGCCAGCUGCUGUUUUUCAGCUUCAGGGGGUCACUCCCAAAUUUGUCCUAAAUUUUAUAAAAUUUCAGCAAGAACUUAUACAUGUAUUUCCUCUAGCGAACAUAUCUGUCUGGGCUUUGUUUUUAGAACUGUAUGGGGUUUUUUUUUUCCACAGACAUUCCUUUUAAGCUCUUCAACACUUAGCAUUUGCCAAAUGAAAAAUAUUUUGAAAUGUAUAAAAUGUUUGACUCAGAAAAGAUAGAUUGCGGAGGGGGAGAAGGGUGAAACUCCAGCAAAUCUGAUGAAGAAGGAUGGUAGAAAUCCACCAGGCUUUUGGCCAAGGAAACAGGGCUAUUUUUAUUUUGUUGAAGCUAUUAAUAGAAGGUGAAAGCACCUUGCUAAGAGCUUGUGUAUUAACCCUUCUUUGCAAAAGCGAGUCCUUGGAAUAACGUCACACGCUCGGUUUCUCCUGUAAGCAAUUACUGGCAUCAAUUCUAAUACUUUUAAAGGACAAACAUAUUCUUCAUUGCGUUCCUAUAAAUCAGCUGUAUGAUUAUUUAUAUAUUUUACAGAAAUCAAACACUGGACGUCAUUUAUUUCUCACUAACUUUUAUAAAUCAAGCUGUAAGAUCUCGUUUUCCCAUAAGUAAACUUGUGUGAUUCCUUUCAUGUUUCGGGAUGAAUUCGGAAG